ACUUCUGUUGAUAUUAACCAUCGAAGAUGUUUGGGAGAGCACCUAAGAAGAGCGACAACACAAAGUACUAUGAAAUUCUUGGGGUUUCGAAGAACGCUUCACAGGAUGAUCUGAAGAAGGCCUAUCGUAAAGCCGCCAUCAAAAACCACCCUGAUAAGGGUGGUGAUCCUGAAAAGUUUAAAGAGCUGGCGCAAGCUUAUGAGGUUUUGAGUGACCCAGAGAAGCGUGAAAUUUAUGACCAGUAUGGUGAGGAUGCUCUCAAGGAAGGAAUGGGUGGUGGAGGAGGUGGUCUCGUAGCCAGCAUGGCACGUGUCGCAGUAAACCUUACCCUCCAGGAUGAGCGGGUUCGCCGCAUGCCGAGCGGCACUAACGAGCGUCGGGAGCACACAGAGCGCCAGCAGCAACACCAUUCUUGCCAUUGUUAGAGAGGGA